GCCGAUCACUAGGUAUAUAACGGUUUUCGAAAUACCAUGUACAUCACGUGCAGUGGCGAGGGGUAUUCUUAGAACUUCAACGCAUCACCUAUAGGCUAAUUCUGAGUGUAUUUUGAUGAUUGCAGCUGUUUUCUUAACCUUCUAUACACGCUUAAUUUAUUCAUGAAGCUCUAUCGCGACUCUCGCAACUGUUUUCUGGUGUUGUUGGGGCAGAGACUCUGCGUGGCAACCAACCCAUGAUGCGCGUCAACGGCAAACGUUUACCCGCCACCACGCAGCAAGCUGUAGUAGAGCAUAUAGCUGCUGGGGAGGAAGAUUCCAAGGUUUCUGCUGCUUGCCAAUUCGAUCGUCGCACUGUAGCAAAGCUGCGAUUAAGCUUGGAGUACUGGGGACAGUGCUAUCCUCCGCCUUCUGUCAGGCUCGGCCGCCCGCCUUUACUGCGGCAAGCGCAGCUAGAAGCACUCCAAUUAUACCUCGAUGGGCGACCCGGCGCCUAUCUGGAGGAGAUGCAGCAGUGCUUAUACAACGAUUACGACGUGGAGUGCUCUCUAUCAACAGUGUUGGGGGCUUUGGAGAAGCUUCACUACAGCAGGAAGCUAGCUACAAAGCGUGCAAUUGAGCAAAGCGAGCCACUCUAGAGGGUUUACAGAGCGAGGAUGCAACAGUACAAGGCAGAGUAAAUCAUUGCGAUUAAUGAGAGCGCUUGUAACAAGAGGACUAGCGACUGUAAGUAUAGUUAGAGUAGAGUUAGCACGCCUGUUAAAGUAGCUUACUCUAUAAAACAGAUUACACUAUUUUUUAAAGCUUAAUUACCUUAGAGAUUAUAAAGGACUUCCUUAAACGCUCUGUGUUGCUAUAUACAACACCUAGGUACUCUGUUAUUGUACUAGACAAUGCCUCUAUUUAUUAAUUAACUUAGGUUUGUGAGCUUUGUGCGAUGUACAAGGUGGAGCUGGAGUACCUUCUACUAUACUUACCUAACUACAAUCUAAUUAAGAAGAGCUUUAAG